AUGUUUGGAACAAAAACAAAGGAGGAGGAAGAACAAGGUAGUAGUAGCAUUACGAGCAAAUUGUCAUCAUUGGCUAAAAAGAUAAAGAAGAAUGCUCUGUAUAGAAAGUUGGUACCCAAGAUACCAAUGAGAGAAGAAUUAAAAUUGAGUGCGUGGGAUAAAUUCAUCAAGUAUCGUCGUUUCCCUUUCAAAUUUUGUACUCACAUCAUUUUGUUAGCAUUGGUUACUGCCCAAUUGUUCCUUUUUGCAGGUAAUAGAGAAGAUUACUUAUCCAAUGCUGGUAAAAUUAUUGCUAACAAUUUCCUUCCUGAAGGAUAUCUAUCAAGCAAGGAUGCAAAGAAUGGUUAUAAUACUUUUUAUUUUGAUAAUUGUGCAGACAUUGUUACACAUAUUGCUUGGACUGUUGGACAAUAUUAUAGGUUGAAAGACAAGGCACCAACAUAUUUGGAAUUAACAGGAAGAGAUGGUCAUGGUUCGUAUUCUCUAAAACCACACGGAAAUACACCAUUCAUGACUGACAGAAAAUCUAACAAAUUCGGAGUGCAAAAAUUAUCAAUUGGUCCAAGUGAUAAACAACAAUUACAGAAUAGUAUUAAGAAGCAACUCUACUUGCAGGAGAUUUUCGAAAAGAAGAAACUUGGAAGUGAGAGUGAUGAGGACACUGCAGAAGUACCUGCAACUUUAUCUCAUGAUGCAAUUCCUAAUCCUGUUGAAAUGUUAAUUUCACGUUAUACUAAUAUGAGUUUACCAAUUCAAAAUUUCCAAAAGAAGCUUAAUAAGGACACUACUAGUGAUACCUUCUUUUUAUCAGUCAAUGAUACAUUUGGACCAUUUACUCCAUUUGUUGACCCAGACCAACCAAAGAUUAUUUCAGAUCAAGAAGAUGUCAAAAUAAUUGAUCCAGAAGGUCUACAAAAGUACAUACUCACAUUCACAGAAAUUACUCUCAAAUUUACGUAUAAGAAUAUUUUCACUCAAGGUACAUUCCCAGAACUUUUAAUUUGGGAUAUUGCUCUCAGUUAUGAUUUUUCAACAGGAGCUGGUGUCAUUCCUGUAACUUUGAGAUAUGAUGUUGGAUUAGGUCUUGAAAAUGAACAAGAUUUUAAUGCUGCUAACGUGUUAUCCUCACCUCUAACUUGGAUUUCAAUCCUCAUUAUUGUCUUUGCUUUAUUUUCACUUUUCUUGAUAUUCCGUGCCAUUUACAGAUCCUUCAGAUUUAUUAAGAAGGCUAUGAAAAAGGACAGAAGCAUUUUCCAAAUGAUGCUUAUGGAAAGCACUGACGAUAUGGAUGAAACUGAACAAAAAUCAGUCGAUCUUCACAACAGUAGUGUUUUAUCUGAAAGUACACCUCUUGUAGGCAUUAAUAAUUCUUCUCCACAAACCAAACCAGUUGCAGUUAAGAAUGCUAAGAAGAGAUUUGAUGAAGAAAUGAACGAAAGUUAUGGAAGUGCUAUUAGUGGUAUGACUUUCACAAGUCAAUACUAUCAACAUGUACUGGAUAAGCACCAAUCUGAAUUACAUCAAUUACAAACACAAAAGGAGGAAGAAGAAGAUUUUACACCAUCAAAGAAAGUACAUUUGCCAGGAAUACCAUUCAGAAUUGUUACUGGAGAAAUUGGAGUCCCAACCCCAGAACAUAUCAUUGCAGCAAAGGCAGAACUCAGUCCUAACUUUACACCAAAACUCAAACACAAACUCAAAUUCUUCAAUCCAUGGCACGUACUUGGUAUUAUUUCAAAUCUGUUUUGUAUUGUUUCCAGUUGCAUGGUUUUCACAAACGUUACCUAUCAGUAUUUCUCCUUGGAUGCUACUAAUAUUUUGUUAGGUUUGAGUGCCAUUUUCAUGUGGGCCAAUAUUGUUCAAUAUCUCUCUCACAGUCCAAAGUUCUACGUUUUGAUCAAGUCUUUGAGAAAGGGUCUUCCAAAUAUUGGUAGAUUCAUUAUUGGUGCUGCACCAUUGUUGAUUGGUUAUGCUCUUUGUGGUAUGGUUUUGUUUGGUUCUUACACUGAAAGUUUCCAAGGUUUCCAAAAUUCUCUUAUCACACUCUUCAGUGCUGCAAAUGGUGACGCUUUGAUUGAUACUUUUAACUCAUUAUUUGGACAAAACUCAGUUAUUGCCUACUUUUCAAGAAUUUAUCUUGUUACCUUUGUAUGCCUCUUCACAUACAGUGUUAUUAACAUCUUUAUUCUUAUCAUGGAAGACGCUUACUUUAGUGUUAAGGAAGCAAAUAUUAAGAAGGAAGCUGCAGAGGCUGCUGCUCAAGCCAUCGAAGAAUUCAAGAAGGGAGGAAAGGGAGGAGCAGGUUCUCAAAAUCAACAAGGUGGAAAUGAAAAUGAUACUCGUUCAGAUUCUAUGUUCAAUGAUGCUGGUUCAUGGAAGAAAGGUGGUCAAAACGAUGAGGAUGAUGAUGUUGAAAGAUUACAGGAUGAACGUUCCAAGAUUGACGUCCUUAUUAAUUUACUCAGUGAAUUGAGAUCAGGACAAUUAUUAGGUGAAGGUGAAGAGCAAGAUCCUCAAAAUACUAUCCAACAAAAGAAUUUGAGUGAAAAACUUACAAGACUCUUGGUUAAUAGAAACUUGAAGAAAAUUAGAAGAAAGAAGAGUGACCCUUAUAUGAAGAGUGCUCUGAGUAGCUCUUUCAAAAAGUUUGAAGUUGGUAGCUUUGGAGAAAAGAAAAAGAAGGAAACUAAAUUCAAUUUGGAUCUCAAUGAAUCAAUUGAUGAUGGCACUCUCAUUGAAGUCUAUGAUGAAGAUGAUGAGAUGGCAUCUCCAACUCCUCCAAAUCUCUAA